AUGGUGGCAGGCCUUCAGCUCGCCGAAGCCUCUGCCAAGUCUCUCAUCAAAGCCAUCAUGGUGGUGAAAACCCUUCAAGAGGUCCCUCACAAACUGGCGAGGCUCCUCGAUGAAGUCGAGACGUCGACAUAUUACGUCGAGCACAUUUGUUACAACCUAUUGGAGCCUGAUUCUGAAUUCUUCCAGACGAUGAAGUCCCUCAGCCGCUUGUACGGGCUGAUCGGGAGCGUCACCUCUCUGCAGGACGCAACCGACGAAGUCUGCAAAUUGCUAUCACCACUGGUCGAGUUUGGCGGCAACUCGCCUUCCACGAGGAAACCCUUAAGCCGGCUGAUGGAGAAGGAGAUCUCGGGGAAACUUGAGAGGUUAAAACGACUCAACACUGAUGUGGUGCGAGAGAUUUCAGUGGUGGAACUGCAAGUACAGGUGGCGGCCCAUACACUUGCAGUCACGAUGGACACGCUGAUGGCUCAGAGGUUCGCUGAAAUCGGGACACAGCUGGGCGCGUUGACUGCCGAUGUCAAGGACCUCGGCCUCACAUUCACGCAUCCACAGGCUAGCACCAUGCUUGGUGCCUAUAGGAAGAGCCCCAUGUCUGGGUCGACUACCAGCCUUGGAAAAACUAUGUUGACAGAGAACAAAACAACGUCUCACAUAGCCGUCAUGCCAUCAGAUUCGUCAGACAAACUGCCGUCUGUCUCAACGCAACGACAGAGAAGGCAGCUAGAUUUCUGCCUACAACGAGGACGAAGUCCAAGCCUACCCCAAACACCAAGUGGGAGCUUUGGCAAUUCCCACUUGGAUCUUGUACUCUUCAGCAUUCGUACAUACUACACCAAGGGGAACUUUGAUGCAGCACCGGUACUGCUGCUGCCACGGCUUUGGAAGGACUGUAGUGACAGCAUCUAUUUCUUCAAAGUUUCAGACCUCCGAAAAGCCCGGAGACUGCUUGAGAAGGCAACCGUCGCCCACUCUGCCGAUGUAUUCUCUCGAGGAUCCUCCACAGCCCUGAUUGAGAUCCUAAGCACGCUAUCACCUGUCAACACCGCCAGCAACCCCGAUGUUCGCAAGACCUUACUUCUAUAUCUCCAUUCCUUGGCUCUUCGCCAGCUAUCUCGCGAAAGUCCUAUUCUGAUCGUUCUCUCCUGCCUACAUGAGGGCAUGGAUACCACGGACUGGUCUGUGAGGGCACUGACCUGUAUUGUGGACCGCCUGUGCGCCAAUCUCGAUCCAACCAAUCCGGUCAGACUAUUAUCCCAGAAGCGCCUAAUUGCUUUGCUGCGCCGUAGUAGGGACUACGACGGGGCACUGCGCGAUUGGGCUUCGGCUCUGGAUAUCUGUUUCGAUAUCGUCCAAGAGCGAUUCAAUGAAGCCUUCGGACCUAACCUAGAUCCCCAGUGUCACGAUGAGUGUGCUGUGUGGACAAUGGAGGACAUUACCAAGAUAUACGAGAAGAAUGGGAACCUGGAAUUGGCCAUAGCCUGGCUCAAACAGGAGAGGAUAAGCGGCGGUAUUUGCUGA